ACUCUUCUUCAAUCCACAUACAUAUGAUUCACUAUAUGCAUUUGAUUGAUGAGUGUACUUGUAUUUGAAGUUGAGAUAUCUUUAAAAGAAUAAUACAGGCAACACAGGUUGCAUGUUAGUGCAAUUUAGAUUUUUUUCUUCAUAUAUACUGUUUCUGUUGCUAAACAUCUGUUUUGUAAUUAAAACCUUUAUUUUUUUUAAAAUUCAUGGAUGAGGAGUUAAAUACCACCUAUGUAACUCUAGAUGGAUACAUUGAAGUUAACAAGUACAGAUAUGUUUAUUUUUGUAUUAUCUUUACAUUAUACAUUAUAAUAAUCUGCAGUAAUUCUACCAUCAUGUACGUGAUCUGGAUUCAUAAAAAUCUUCAUGAGCCUAUGUACAUUUUCAUUGCAGCUUUGCUAUUGAAUUGUCUCCUUUACAGCACAACUAUUUACCCAAAACUUCUGAUUGACUUUUUAUCUGAAAAACAAGUCAUAACAUAUUCAGCCUGUCUCUUUCAGUUUUUUAUAUUUUACACCCUAGGUUGUUCAGAGUUCUUUCUCUUGGCAGCCAUGGCCUAUGACAGAUAUGUGGCUAUUUGUAAACCUCUUGAAUAUCCAACUAUCAUGAACAAAACCACUGUGAGCAUUUUCCUGGUUGUAUCUUGGCUUAUACCUGCUUUUCAUAUUGCAGUCCAAGCAAUAGCGAGUGCUGAAGCAACACUGUGUAACUUUAACUUAAAGGGAAUAUUUUGUAAUAAUGCAGUUUACACUCUUCAGUGUGUAAGGUCAAGAUUAAUUAUUGUAUUUGGAGUUGUUGGUUUAAUAGAUCUUAUAAUACUUCCUCUGCUCUUCAUAGUUUUCACUUAUACAAACAUUUUUAUCAUCUCAUAUCAAAGUUGUAAAGAAAUUAGGAAGAAAGCUGCAGAGACCUGUUUACCCCAUCUCUUGGUUUUGAUCAGUAUUUCCUGUUUAAGUAUCUAUGAUGUAAGCAUAGCUCGAGUGGAAUCAGAUUUUCCAAAAAUUGCUCGAUUGCUGAUGACAUUACAAAUAGUGCUCUAUCAUCCAUUGUUUAAUCCAUUCAUUUAUGGGCUCAAAAUGAAGGAAAUCUCUAAACAGCUAAAAAGAUUCUUUUGUCAUGCCAGAAUUAUUUAAUGUAUUAACUCUAAUUGAAACAUUUAUGUUGUAGUUAUACUGCUCCACAAUGAAAGGAGACUGAGUUUUUCUGUAGGUUCUAAUAAUUACAGCCCUAACAUGGUAAUCGGCCUUUUCAAAGAAUACAUAUUUAAGAAAAAUAAAUCACAUUAAUGUAGACAUGCUUUCAUUGCUGUCUUCCUCACAAUUCUUUUUCAUUUUUGAAGUUGUAUGUUGUCGUACUGAAUACACUACAUAUGUAAAUAAGAUAUAAUGCCUACAGUUUCAGAGCUGGAGAGUUUUGGUAAGUUCCACACCAGAGGUUUUAAUGAAGCAUUUA